AUGCCGAAGGACAAGGAACAGUUCACUCCGCGGCGGCUGGAGGAGGUAAGAUCCGUGCAAGACAACGAAAGUUGUGCAGCUUGCGGCUAUUCCGAUAGCGAACAAGUCUCGGAGGAAUCCAACAACAACGAUGGAACCCUGAGUGUGGAGAACGAAAUGAAACGACACUGCAAGAGACGCAGAGUUCUCGAAUCGAUCAGCAGAUCACCUGCUUUCCGGGCUAUCGACUUCUACCUCUCAAUGAUGCCUGCAGAAGAAAUCCCCCUGGACCCGCUUCCGGAGCCAGAAUCCUUUCUCUACGAAAGCAAACGAGUUUGGGAAAAGAAGUUUCGCGAGCUUCGACAGAGUGUCCGGGAAUGGAUCUCCUUUCUGGAUGCCCUGGCCGAAAAUGAAGGGGCCGAGCCUGACUUGUGA